AUGCACAAGCUAUUCAAGCUGGGUGUGCGAGGGAAAAUCCUAACGUUAAUUAAUAUUAUGCCACACGGUACAAGAGCAAGAUGGCUGCCGGUUAAAUAUGGAAUUAGACAAGGAAGUGUGAUCUGCAACUUUUUAUAUUUCGUCUUCAUAAAUGACCUUCUCUUAGAGUUGGAACAUCGCCGAGUUGGAGCCAAGAUUUACGACAUAAAUUGUAGUAACCCAGCUCUUGCAGACGACAUUGCCUUCAUUGCAACCAGUCCGUCAGCCUUUCAAACGCUACUAGACAUCUGCACAAAAUAUGCGAAAACAUGGAAGUUCACGUACAAUGCGGACAAAAGCACAGUUCUUGUCUUCGGGAAUAAACAUAAACGGAAUAAUGACUUCAAAUGGUCAAUCAUGGAACAUAACCUACAAACCUCGGACUCAUAUAAGCAUGUAGGUGUUAAUAUCUCCACCGAUCUCAAAAAAAUCGACAAAAGGAAGCUCAAUUUCCUUUCUACUCUCAUUCACCUCAAGUCAGAAACUCUUUCUAAACAAAUAUUUCUACGAAGGUUAUACCAGUACAUUCAAGACCCAUACAAUCUGCAGUACGAAAACUUCCUAAGAACUCUUCUCGGGAAACAUGUUCCAGGAGAAAAACUAGAAAGUAAAGAGGAAUACCAGGAAUUCCUCUUGGACAGUGCCAAAUUUAUCAGAAGUGCUGCUCAUGUGUUCUUAUCAAACGAUAAUCCACCUUGA